CACCAUCACAACAAUUCACUAUAUCCCGCAAUCCACAACGAACCAGUCAUGAAGAAGAAAGAUAUGAUUUUUGACUUUUAUAUUGAUAAAAGUGAACCAGGAAAACCUUUGAGGGUAUGCACAUUUUGUAAAGAUAAAUGGAGAAAUAAUGAUAGAAGACGAUUGAUAGAUCAUAUGAUCGGAUGUCCAAAAGCACCAAAAAGGUUAAAAGAAGAAUUACUUCAAAGGGAUAAAAAAGAUGCAUUAACUAAACAAGCUGCAACUCAACAAAAACAAGCAUCUCAACAAAUGGCAUUUAGAGCAGAAGAAACAAAUCAUAGAAGAAGGAGCAGGAAUUGGAUUUCAAAAACAGAAGAAGAAUAUACACAAAGGUCUUUCUCGGAUGAAGAAGAAGAACAUGAAGAAGGAAGACAGAGAGAUACAAUCACACGAGAAGAAAGGGAGAAUCUUGAUCGAUUACUCAUAGAAAUGAUUUAUCAAUGUGAACUACCGAUCUCGCUUGUCAUGCAACCUUCCUUUUUGGCAUACAUUAAAUCUAUUCGCCCAGCUUAUUAUAACUAUGGAUUGCCUAAAACAAAUGACAUUGCAAAUGCUAUUGUGGAAAAAAUAGAACAAAGGGCUAGAAAGGUGCGAAAACAGAUAAGAGGUGUAGAUUUUCUCGGUGAACGUUCACGUAGUCAAGAUGCAUCCUUUUAUGAGCAAGAAGGUGGUGGUGGUGGUAGUAGUAGAGAAAUUUCGUAUCGUUCCCAAGGAUUAUCUGAUCGUCAAUCUCGAGACUUAGGUAUCGGACCGAGCCGUGAUACUAGGAAUCUGCCAUCGCCGGAAUGGGUGAUAAGAGAAAGAGAAAGAGAUAGAGAAAGGUAUAGCUAUCCAUCCACAGACCCGGAAAUUGCUCAGAGUCGCAAUAUUGUCAGUCAAUCACCAUCACCGGAGCGGAUUCUAAGAGCAAGAGAAAGAGCAAAGGAAGCAAGAGCAAAAGCAAGAGAAAGAGCAAGAGAAAGGUCAGAACCAUUCUCUGAUCCGUCUGACUUCAUCUGAUACCCACUAUUCUAAUGAGAUCUUAUGACCAGUCAAUCGCGAGUGAAAUGAUUAAAAGAUGCGAUUCGUAUUUGAAUACAACGAUUUUGGGUAGGACGCUGAAAUAAAUGAUCCUUUUUGGUGGGAAAGUUUCCCAGAUUAAUAAAAUACAA